UGUGGUCACAUUUAAUCUUGGGCAGCAAGUGUUAUUGUUUUGUUUUCAAUUUGAAAUUGUUUGGAAAAAUAUGACAGAGGAGGACUCAGAAACCGUCUUUCAGCGUCACAAGGGGAUUGGAUCCCAGGUGAAGCAGGCCUACGAGGAAGCCAUUGGACAAAUGUUUGCAAACUUAAAUCGUUCGGAAUUGGAUGUCUUCGAAGCCAUUUUUAAGGAACACGAGGAUUAUGACUUAGACACCGAAAAUCUUUUUAAUCGCACUCGCAAUCUUAUGACGAAGGUGGUGCUCGAAAUGAACCGAUGUUUCUUUGCCAGCAACGAUGUGGACAACAAGCUUACAACUUUAGAGAUGCUUAAGGAGCAUUUUGCUCCCUACGAGGGCAAGGAUUGGAAUUUUAACACCGUGUCCCCCGAAAAACUUACUCGUCCCCUGCGCAUGCGACAUCUAGACUUUAGCAUAGGUUUUAUGGAAGGACAAUUGAAAUCUCAGGAAAAACAGCUUGAGAUUGCUAUGGCCAAAAGCAUUGAAAAUAGAGAACGCCUUCAAGAUGUGCAGAACAAACGAGUGAAACUGAAAGCCAAAAUAGAACAGCAAUUAUCGCAGUACCAGAAUAUUGAGCCACAAUUAAAUAAACUUGACCAGUUAAUAAAUAAUAUUUUUUUGACUACUGAAAAUAAAUAAAUAAAAUGUAA